AUGGAGGCAAGUCAAGAAACUCUUCCUCUCAAUACAUGCCAUGUCCAAAAGCCGUUGCUUAUCAUCAAUAGGUUACACAUGCUCCUUCAUUCCACAGCCUUAGGCGUCUUGUUCUAUUACAGGGUGAGCUUUCUUUUUCAGAAUCCAGAAAACAGGGGAAGCCAUUUGUUACCAUGGCUCCUUGUUUUUGCAUCAGAAAUCAUUCUCUCCUUCAUUUGGUUCCUUGGCCAAGCUUAUCGUUGGCGUACGGUUUCGCGAUGUGUUUUCCCAGAAAGAUUGCCAGAGGACGACAAGCUCCCUGCUGUUGAUGUGUUCAUAUGCACCGCAGAUCCAAUUAAGGAACCCACUUUAGAUGUGAUGAAUACUGUUUUAUCAUCUAUGGCACUGGAUUAUCCUCAAGAGAAGCUUCAUGUGUAUCUUUCAGAUGAUGGGUGUUCCCCCAUGACCCUGUAUGGUGUGAGAAAAGCUUUUGAGUUUGCAAGGUGGUGGCUUCCCUUCUGCAGAAGAUACAGAAUAAAGAACAGGUGCCCAAAAGCUUACUUUUCUUCUUUGGAGAUUGAUGAUAGUGAUUUUGCCAGAAGUAGUGUGUACAUGGAAGAUAAGCAAAAGAUCAAGGGAAAGUACGAGGCUUUUAAAGAAGAGAUACAGACAUUCCAACAAGAUAAGGCCCUUUCCAAAUACAGUGUUACCGUUGGAGAUCAUUCAUCUGUCAUUGAGGUAAUGCAAGAAAAUAUCAUUUAUGAUGUGGACAAUGUCAAAAUGCCUCUUCUUGUCUAUGUUUCUCGAGAAAGAAAGCCUUUUAGUCCGCACCAUUUCAAGGCUGGAGCCCUCAAUGUCCUUCUUCGUGUAUCUGCUGUGAUGAGUAAUUCUCCCUACAUCCUAGUUCUAGAUUGUGACAUGUUCUGCAAUGAUCCAACUUCAGCUCGAUAUGCCAUGUGUUUUCACCUUGAUCCAAAGAUAUCAUCUACCUUAGCUUUUGUUCAAUUUCCUCAGAAAUUUCACAACAUUAGCAAGAACGAUAUCUAUGACAGUCAGCUGAGAUCAUUAUUUACGUUACAAUGGCAAGGCAUGGACGGGCUUAAGGGACCUGUGUUGUCAGGUACAGGCUUUUAUAUGAAAAGGAUAUCGCUGUAUGGAAAUCAUGCGAAUGAAGGAGGAAAGAGUCAUCUGCUGCCACUUCAAGAAUAUUUUGGUUCAUCUAAUGAAUUCAUCAAGUCACUUACUCAAAACGACACAAGUGUUCUUUUAUCGGGCCAGAAUUCAUUGCUCGAAGAACUUCACUUGUUGGUUUCUUGUAGAUAUGAAAUUGACACUAAAUGGGGGCAACAUGUAGGUUUCUUAUAUGAUAGUGUAGUAGAAGACUUCCUUACUGGAUUUAUCUUGCAUUGCAAUGGAUGGACUUCCGUUUUCUGUGAACCGUCUAGGCCACAGUUCCUUGGUACAGCUACAACAAAUUUGAAUGAUGUACUAAUCCAAGGCACUAGAUGGUAUUCUGAACUCACAUAUUUCCCUCUAUAUUGCUUGCCCCUUUGGUGUUUCGCUACCAUCCCUCAGCUCUGUCUACUAAAUGGAAUACCGUUAUACCCUAAGGUUUCAGAUCCAUAUUUCAUUAUCUUUUUAUUCAUCUUUCUAUCAUCACUUUCAAAACAUUUACUAGAAGUAUUCUUAACUGGGGGAACACUACACAAGUGGAUCAAUGAGCAAAGAAUCUGGAUGAUGAAAUCAACCACUUGCCAUCUAUAUGGAUGUUUGGAUGCUUUACUGAAGAAAAUCGGUAUAAGAGAAGCUAGUUUCUUGCCUACAAAUAAAGCAGAAGAUCAUGAACAAACUCUGCUAUACCAAACCGAUAAAUACGAUUUCCGAGCAUCAAAUAUCUUUAUAGUUCCAAUGCUUGCCCUCCUCACAAUCAACAUAUGUUGCUUGGUAGCUGGUGUCUAUAGAGUGAUAUUGAUGGGUGAUUGGGGCAAAAUGUUGAUACAGAUUGUCCUUGCAGGUUUUAUCAUUACAGUCAACUACCCUGUCAUUGAAGGGGUGGUGAUAAGGAAGGACAAGGGACGCAUUUCACAGUCCGUAGCUAUACAUGCUAUCUUGGCUACUAUGUUUCUUUUGGCAUUUUAUAAACUAGUGUUAGUAAAUGUAUAG